GCUCUCGGCCCGGGCCUGUGCUAGCAUCGUAACUCGAUACCUACGAUCAACAACGCCGACGGGAAGAAGGACCGUCGAGAGACGCAAAAGUAACAGGCAUUCGGAAAGGGAAGAAUAAAAGGGAAAAAAUGAGGCAAUCACGUCUAGUUGCGGCUUUGGCCGUUGCACUCGGCACGACUAUGAACGGUGUUUGUGCCAACCUGACCCCUCUACCCCAGGGAAACGAAGGAGGACUGCGUUCUCUCCAGCCUCUCCAGCCGCUCCCGAGCGUCGGGGCGGGAGCCGGAUCCGACGCCCAGGGCCAGCAAGAGAAAGCCGGCGGCGCCGAUGCCUCUUCAGCUGUUGGGCUUGUACAACUUCCGGGAGCGCAAAUCACCUCCGGCCAGCUGGUCGCUCUCCCAGGGGCCACGGAUGCUGCAGCCACCGAGGCCACUUCUGCCGUCGUCAGCAGCGUAGCUAUCAGCACCGUCAGCAGCGUGGCUACCAGCACUAGCAUCAGCGUAGCCAUCAGCACCAGCACCAGCAGCGUGGCUGUUGGCGCCACGAGCAGCGCGGUGCUCGAGUCCGUAGCGCUCCAGACAUCUUCCAGCACGCAGGCCAUUGUGGUAGCGACAUCGAGUUCGCUGGUCCAAAUCGCGACGUCUCAGACCCUCGUCGCGCUCCCGACCCUGAGCUCGGCGGCCCCGCUCCAGAGUCUCCCCCAGACCUCCCGCGCCAUCCAGAGCUUCCAGAUCAUCCCGCCUGGAGCCGCGACGACGAGCGCGGUGGUAGUCGCUACGACCUCGGCUGUGGUCGUCGGCAGCGGCGGCCUCGGGGUUAUCUCGAGCGCUAGCGCUCCGGCGCUGAUCGCGCUCCCCUCCGUGGCGAGCUCGCAGCAGGGCUUCCAGACGAUUACGCGCGGCGACGUCUCGUCGGCGCUGGUCGCCACGGCGUCGGCCAGCAGCAUCAGCAGCGCCGCGUUCGUCGGCGGCGGCGCCCUCGCCACGUCGCGCUUCGGCAGCUUCCCCAACGCGACCGCGGCCCUCGGCCCCGAGGCUACGGCCACGGCCGCGCCCCCGAACGGCACCGGGGCCGGACUCGUGGCCCUGCCCAACGUGGGCGCCGCCGCGCCCACGGGCACGCUGGUGGCGCUCCCGGGCGGCUCCACCCCCGGAGCCCUGGUGCCGCUGCCUUCGAGCGGCAGCAGCACUGAUGGCAGCAGCAGCAGCGGUAGCAACAACUCCGGAUCGGGAUCGGGAUCGGGCUCCGGCACUAGCACCGACGGCAGCAGCGACGCAUCGGAGAACCCGACGGACACGGCGACCGCGGCCCUGGCGUCGGCGUCGGCGGGAUUGCCGAACAGCGACACGCAGCAGCAGCCGUUGACGCCGGUGAGGAGCGACGGAGCCAGAGUCGGCGGCGCCCUCGCCGCGACGCUGGUGGCGGGUCUUGUCGGGAUGCUGAGUCUCGCGGCGCUGUAACGGGGAAGGGGAUGACGACAGACUGGCGAGGCUGGGAUGGGUAAUAGGGGAGGUGGGGGGGUUGAAUAGCGUAUAUCCUACUAGUUUCUUAUGGAUUGUAC